GAUGGCAAGUCGUAAACAGUCAGCCAGUCACAAUCCAUAUUAUCGUACUCAUUUCGUUCGGCUUUUUUGCGACGCUCAUUUUCGUCAUAUGACAGAUUCAGAAUAAAUCUGUCUUUUUACUAUGGAGCUCUCGAGUUAGCUUAGCUCCGUAGCUACGAACAAAGCGGCGCGUGUGUUAGCGAUGUCUUGCUAAAUCAGAGCGCAAAUGUGAAUGUAAACCGUUGUGAUUAUCGUGUGCAAGAAUGAUAGAGUACUAGGAGGCAAAAGAGGAGAACGAGCGACAACGUCAACUACUGGACGCAGUUUUCAUGACGCACAGAGCAGCUAUCAGGGAAGAAGACCUUAAUGCUGAGCAGCAACAGCGGCACUUGAGCGUGGAAGAGGAGGAACCAGAACUCCCUCAUGUUAAAGAGGAAGCGGAGGAGGCUGAUAUCAGCAGGUUUCCAGUGAUCCAUGUCAUUGUGAAGAGUGAGGAUGAUGAAGACGAGCCUCACUCUUCACAGCUUCAUCACAGUCAAAGUGAGAAGAGACGAUCCCAAGCAGACAGCCACUUAGCUCCAUCAUCAGUGAGCGACGACACUUUGUCACGCUCUCCUGACACUGACGAUGAACACUCUAAAGGUGACAAACACUUGACAUGUUCUCAGUGUGAUAAGACUUUCAUCAACAAGUCAACAUUGGAAAGACACAUGAGAUGUCACACAGGAGAGAAACCUUUCAUGUGCUCGCUUUGCGGUAAAGGUUUCACACAGAAAGGAAGCCUGACAACGCACACAAGGACACACACCGGAGAAAAAACACAUUCCUGCUCAGUCUGCGACAGAAGUUUUAACGAUAGUUCAGCUUUGGCUCGACACAUGACAACACACACUGGGGAGAAACCUUUUACCUGCUUGUUCUGUGCUAAAAGGUUCUCAAUAAAGGGGAAUUUUGUAGCACACACUAGGACUCACACUGGAGAGAAGCCAUAUUCCUGCUCGGUCUGCAACGCAAGUUUUCGUGUUCGUUCAGGUUUGGUUCAACACAUGAGAACGCACACUGGGGAGAAACCUUUCGCCUGCUCAGUUUGCGGUCAAAGAUUCUCACAAAAGGCGACUUUGAGAGAACACAUGAGAUCACACAGCGGAGAAAAACCUUUUUCAUGUUCAGUCUGCAGCACAAGUUUUAGUUACCAUACGUCAUUCAUUCAGCACAUGAAAAAACACUCUAAUGAGAGUGUUUAGCUAUAGUGUGUCUGAUUAAAAACUUCCAGGACUGAUUUAUAAAGUUGAACCCAGAGGAUGCAUUUACAUUGUGUGUGGUUUGCUAUGAUGAUAUGCUGUUAAGCCCGGUACACACCUAAAGACAAUCAGUCUGUUUUUGUGCCGAUUUUGCCCCUUUCCAACCGAGCACGCCAAAUGCCAGAUAAUCGUAUGUCUUGUCUUCUAAGAUUAUCCAAUAAGAGUGUCCUUUGGUCUGAGGUGUGUUAAGAGUGGAUUUUUUUCUGAUUCUAGGGUCUGAAACAGAUCGGGGCCAUCCAUCCAUUUUCUACCGCUUAUCUGAGGUCGGGUCGCGGGGGCAGUAGCUUUAGCAGGGACGCCCAGACUUCCCUCUCCCCAGCCACUUCUUCCAGCUCUUCCGGGGGGAUUCCGAGGCGUUCCCAGGCCAGCCGAAAGACGUAGUCUCUCCAGCGUGUCCUGGGUCGUCCCCGGGGUCUCUUCCCGGUGGGACGUGCCCGGAACACCUCACCGGAGAGGCGUCCGGGAGGCAUCCGAAUCAGAUGCCCCAGCCACCUCAUCUGGCUCCUCUCAAUGCGGAGGAGCAACAGCUCUACUCUGAGCCCCUCCCGGAUGACCGAGCUUCUCACCCUAUUGCUAAGGGAGAGCCCGGACACCCUGCGGAGGAAACUCAUUUUGGCCGCUUGUAUCCGGGAUCUUGUUCUUUCGGUCACGACCCACAGCUCGUGACCAUAGGUGAGGGUAGGAACGUAGAUCGACCGGUAAAUUGAGAGCUUCGCCUUUCGGCUUAGCUCCUUCUUCACCACAACGGAUCGAUACAAAUUCCGCAUCACUACAGAUGCUGUACCGAUCCGUCUGUCGAUCUCACGUUCCAUUCUUCCCUCACUCGUGAACUAGACCCCAAGAUACUUGAACUCCUCCACUUGGGGCAGCAUGACAUCCCCUACCUGGACAGGGCACGCCACCCUUUCCGACUGAGGACCAUGGUCUCAGAUUUGGACGUGCUGAUUCUCAUCCCGACCGCUUCACACUCGGCUGUGAACUGCUUCAGUGAGAUCGGGGCCGACAAUCUUAAAUAAUGAGCGUGUCACAUCUCCCAAGUCAUGAUGCCGAGAAUUGUGACGUGAACCGGAAUGUAGCCAAUCAAAGAAGUGUCCUAUGCUGAUGAACACGGAAAUUACCGUAAAUUAAAACAAACACGUCUUAGCAGAUUUUGUUUUAUUUUGUAUAAAAGUGAGUUCCCCAGGCGGCAAGAAGUAUUUUCCAAAGCAAGUUUUUUUUUUUUUAAAUCUCUCUACACCACUUCUGCCUCCAUUCCCUUCGGCAUCACUCAGCAAAGAUCUGCGCAUACCCGCAGGUGCCUGACCGUCUUUGUUUUUGUGAGAUCACGUGUGAUCAUGCAAGAUUUCAAAAUCGGUGGUGGAACAGAAUCCUUAUGUGUGUGUUGUUUUGUGUUGAGAGUUUUAGAACACACCACACACAAUACAAUUUAUCUUUAUGUGCGGGGUCUGUGAAAGAUUGAAAAAAAAAAAUCUUUUAAGAUUUGAAAAAUACUUUUGUGUGCACCAGGACUUGUGUGUUAACUGUCUUUUCAGUACAGUACUCAAUUUCCUUUCGCUAAACUAAUGUUUUUGAGUCAACCUGUCCCGGAUUUUUCAUUUGACAUUUAAUCUUCCACAAUCUGGCUUGUUACAUAUGCUGACUCACAUUUGUUUGCUUCAUGUCCGCAUUGCCGAACAAAAGCCAGAAGUACGCUGGCUCUAAAGCAAUAGUGUCAAACUCAAGGCCAGUGGGCCACAUCCGGCCUGCAACAUCACUUUAUGUGGCUCACAUUAGCAAAUAAAGUCAUUAUACUUAAUGUUUUUUUGCUAACUUUAUUUGUUGUUUUCACAGUAUCGCAAUAUCUAUAACCAAAUUGCAAUUUUUAUUAUUAACCAAUUUAGCAUUGUUUUGUUAGUCACUUUAUAACGUUGGCAAAACCAUGGCAACAUGUCGUUACGAUAACAUGUCCAGUGAUUUUAUUCUUGUCAGUAGGAGCACUUUGCAAGUUAAUAAAACAGGCAAACGAUUUGGUCUGCAGAGAAUUUUCAUCCAGUAUACACAGGACUGUGCAAAAGUCUCAGGACACCACUAGCUUUGUUUUUUUAAGCCUUUUUCACAGUAGCCAAUAUGCCUUGUAAAAGGUGAAGUGUGCAUUUUUUCUUUUUUAAACAUGUAAGUCAAUACGAUCCAUUGCAACUGUCCAACACCCAGAAUCAUAUUGGCAC